UUUUAAGCUGUCUCGCGCAAGUUCCUCUGGGAAGAUGGCGGGCAAAACUGAUUAAGCUUGUGCGUGACGAUAAAUAUGAGUUUUGCGCCGAUAACUGUGAAACGUUACAGCGCCAGUAGUUUAGUUGUGAAAGAAGCUCGGCGCGGAGAUAAAGCGCCGUGUUGAAGGGCGAUCAUGUCGGCCGAGGUCCUCAGACCCGGGCCUGUGGCUGGCGCAGGCAGUAAACUCGGUGAGCUUAUUGGGAAACUCCAUGAGUACCUGGAAAGUGCAACAGAAGGCAAGGAUGAACCUACUUUACCCGGACAUUGGAAUGGAACUGUGGCCAAAGAGUACCUGGAGAUGAAAGCCAAAGCCCAUGCUGCUGAGGAGGCCCACGGCUCCUCGACAGCAGGACUGUCAUACUUAGGUCGUUCAAGAAGGAAACCGACUGUUGUCACAAAACACAGUGGGAUGAAUGAGUCCGAUGCUUCGUCUGAGAGUGGAGCAGAGGAUUUGAUAUCUGUUCACUCCAAUGACCAUGACACCAAUUUCCUUCCCAAAGGAACGGUGUUUGUGCUGCCGGAGCCUGUGGGAAAUGAAGGCCGCGAUGAUUUUCGCGGCCCGGAAUUUCGCAGCAGACGAGUUCAAAAGCAGCGUCCUGACAGUCGGAAAGGAUACGAGAAUGAGAGGGUAAACUGCUCUGCGUGUGGUCAGCAGGUGAAUCCUUACCAGCGUGACUCAGUCUAUAGGCACCCUAUGCUUAGCGUGCUGAUCUGCAAGAGUUGUUUUAAGUAUUAUAUGAGUGACGACAUCAGCAAGGAUUCGGAGGGGAUGGACGAGCAAUGCAGGUGGUGUGCAGAAGGAGGCAGUCUGAUUGGCUGCGAUUACUGCAGCAAUGCCUUCUGUAAGAAAUGUGUGCUGCGUAACCUGGGGAGGAAGGAGCUGUCCAGCAUCCUAGAAGAAGAAAGGAAAUGGUACUGUUAUGUGUGCAGUCCUGAGCCAUUGGUGGAACUGGUGUUGGCCUGCGACUCGGUUCUGGACAACUUAGAACAGGCUCAAAAACCAAGCUCAGUUCGAGGAAAAGCAAAGGGUGAUCGCGGAGCACCCUUUAUGAUGAAGCUGGGAGGAGGCCCGGUGCCCUCUGCAGGCCUUUACCAACGAAUGCAACGGUUUGUAGAAGUUACUUCAUCUCUGAACCACUCUUUCAAGGCAAUCGUUCCAAGUGGAGCAGGGGAGGAAGAAAGGAGAAUUGGGCAGCUAAGGAUGUUUCGUGCUGUCUUGGAUGAUCUACAAGUAGCCAACAUUGCAUUACAGGAUGCCCUGGACCAUGAGCUGACCGGUGCUGUAGAAACUAAUAAGCCAAAAGGGAAGGCAAAACGGAGAAAGUCAAUGCCGUCACAGAACUCUGCUCUCACUAAAGAGCUAGUGCUAAAACUCACUCCUGUACCAGUCUGCACAGGAGCUAUCAGCUCCACCUCUCAAUCCAUCCCACCAUCACCUGAAAGACAGAAGACAGAGAGCAGCAUAACAGAUGGAGAACUGGAGAAAUGUGGGGCAGAGGUGGAGGACAAUAGGGUGGAGAUCGAGGUAAUGAUUGAGGAAGAAGUGGUGGAGACUUACUGUGGUAAUGAUGCUGAAGAGGGCGACAAUGAGUGCGACAAUGAGUGCGACAAUGAAUUCGACAGUGAGGGCGACAGUGAAGGCGACAGUGAAGGAGAAAAGACUGACACAAAAAGUUUGUCAUUAGCAGAGGACAAUAAACGUUCCCCACGUGUGAAAACCACACCGCGCCGUCGGCGCACCACUGCGAGCCCAGCGGCUGAGCAUGCUGGUCUAGCCGAAGAUGAUUCGGAUGAGGUGCCUGAAGUGCUUCUUCAGACCGCGGCUGCUAUGGGGAACAGUGAGGAGGAGGGUCCGGUGGGUAACAGCGGGGACGGGGAUGAGGGAAACCAACAAGUCAGGAAGCAGCGGCUCUUUGGGCUGGUGAAAACCACGCCUCCGGACAGAAGCUCUCGUAAGCGAAACCUCAAAGAUAGAUCAUCGUCGUCGUCGUCUUCAUCCUCUUCCGCAUCUUCGAGGAGGGGCUCUCAGGACCAGGGGUCAGCGGCCAGAAUGACCAGGGGAAGAGCUCGCAAAGUCGCCAGGAUGACAGAACAAGGUGGGAGUUCUUCAAGUGAAGUUGGGGGACAGGAAUUGGAGAGCGGGCAAAGCAGUGACUCGGAUGAUCAGAGGAUCAAACCGCUGACAGAGGGCGUCACGUUGCUUGGCUCUGGAAAUUUUCAACAGUCUUCCGGUGAUGAGAUGGACAUCCAGCCGGCUCCUUCAUUGUCUGUGGACGAUGAUGAUUUAGAAAAUAGAAUUGCAAAAAAGAUCCUGCUGGCUCAAAUCAGAGCUAAUCUCUCCUCAUCUUCUGAGCUGGACAGCAACUCUGAUGAACAGUCAGAGAGCGAGAAAGGAGAGCAAAAGAGUACGAGAGGGACGCCUGAGACCACGGCUGAUGAAGAAUACAAUAGCUCAGAUUCCAGUGGUUCACAGUCAGGGUCGAGGCAUCGACACAAACUGCUACGACAUGGUCUUAACAUACCAGAGGCAGAAGCACAAGGACAUAAGCAAGGGGAAAAGAACACCAACAAAAGAGAAAGACAAAAUCAAGAUCCAUUUAUUGUGAGCACAGAUGAAUCAAGCGACUCUGCCCUAAGUGAGGAACUCAGUGAGUCAGAGAAUGAGGAAACAGGGUUACAAACCCCCACUCAUAGUGAGAGUCCGACAAACCGUCCUGAUGAGCCCACCACUCCUGAUAAUGAUCUUUCAAUAGUCACUGAGGAAUGUUUGAGGAGCACCCCUCAUGGUAGGAGGCAGAUCAGGCGACUUCUGGAGGUGGAUCAGCUGGCACAGGAGACCCAGAGCGCUCUGAAGGAAGAAGAGGAGCGCAGAAGAAGGUUAGCAGAGAGAGAAAAACAAAGGCUGGAAAACGAGAGGAGAGAACGAGAAGAAGCGGACUCUGAGGUCAUUCUCGUAUCUGAGAAACCAGCUCAUAGCUUUACCCCGUUGGUUUUAGAGCAAGAUGAUAUAACGCACAAGCCUGCGGUGGAGGUUCAAAUGCACUUCCUGAGAAAACUCAAGCCACAUCAGCGAGAUGGUGUGCGGUUUUUGUGGGACUCGUGUUGUGAGUCUGUUCAGACUGUGAAGUCAUCUCCGGGUUCUGGCUGUAUCCUGGCGCACUGCAUGGGACUGGGCAAGACCUUACAGGUUAUUGUGUUCCUUCACACAGUGUUGUCUUGUAAACGGUUGCCUCUGAGGAGGGCUUUGGUAGUGUGUCCUCUCAACACGGUGCUGAACUGGAGGAGCGAGUUUGACAAAUGGCAGAGGGGCUUGAGACCCCACACUUUGAGGGUAACAGAGCUGGCCACAGUAAAGUCUUUGGCUGUCCGUCUUGAGCUGUUGAACGACUGGUUUCACAAUGGUGGCGUGAUGAUCAUUGGGUACGAAGCUUUCCGGAAUCUCACAUACAAUACUGUGAAAUACAGCAAACAUAGAGAGGCCAUCCACUCUUUGCUGCUGAACCCUGGUCCUGAUUUGGUGGUGUGUGAUGAAGGUCAUAUCCUUAGGAAUGCAGAAUCCAGCAUCUCAAAAGCCAUGCGUGCUAUCCGCACGCGUAGACGAAUCAUAUUGACUGGCACACCGCUUCAGAACAACCUGUCUGAAUAUCACUGUAUGGUAAACUUCAUUAAAGAGAACCUGCUGGGUUCUCUAAGUGAAUUCCGGAACCGUUUCAUUAAUCCAAUCCAGAAUGGCCAGUGUGCAGACUCCACCCCUGCUGAUGUCAGAGUCAUGAAGAACCGGUCACAUGUCCUCCAUGAGCUGCUGUCAGGAUUUAUACAGAGGCGAGACUACUUUGUUUUAAAGUCCUGUCUGCCGCCCAAGUGCGAGUAUGUGCUGUCAGUCAGGAUGACACCUUUGCAGUGUCAGUUAUACGCACACUAUCUGCAGAAAUACACAGGCAAAGGAGAAGGUGUGAACCGUUUGUUUCAGGACCUUCAUAUUCUGAGUUUGAUAUGGACCCAUCCCUGGUGUCUUAAACUUGCUCAUCUGAACAAGAAUAAGAGGAAAGAGGAAGAGCCGUCUACAGACUUCAUGGCACUGGGUGCGAGUGUAGGGAAACAUUCUGGAGAAUCGAAUGGUUCUCAAAGUAAAGAGGCAAAGACUACAGAUACAGAGGGGGAGGCAAUAAAUAAGGCUGAAAAAGAGAGAGAUACUGAUUCAGUCAGUCCGCCAGAUGUCACCAACUCAUCCACAAUGGAAACUCCAGGGUUGAGUGCUGUAAACGGGCCAUGUGCCGAAUGGUAUCUGCCAUUUCUAAAAGAAUCCGAUGCAAAAGUCCUUGAGCAUUCUGGAAAAUUACAGUUGCUACUGGAGAUUUUACACUGGGCAGAGGAACUGGAGGACAAAGUGCUGGUUUUUAGUCAGUCUCUAAUCUGUCUGGAUCUCAUUGAGAAUUUCCUGAAAUAUGCCAGUGAGACCAACGGGAAAGAAGAGUGCCCAUACAAAGGAAAGAAAUCAUGGGUGAAAAAUAAAGAUUAUUAUCGUUUGGAUGGGACAACCAGCGCCUGUGCUCGCAAGAGAUGGGCUCAAGAGUUCAACAACCGGAAAAACCCAAAAGGGAGAUUGUUUCUGAUCUCCACUCGUGCUGGAUCUCUGGGGAUCAAUUUGGUGGCUGCAAACAGGGUUGUGGUGUUUGAUGCUUGCUGGAAUCCAUCAUAUGAUAUCCAGAGCAUCUUCAGAGUCUAUCGCUUUGGACAAAACAAACCUGUAUCGGUUUACCGUUUUCUGGCCCAGGGAACCAUGGAACAGAAAAUUUAUGAGCGGCAGGUUGCUAAGCAGUCUUUGUCCUCCCGUGUUCUGGACCACCAGCAGAUUCAGAGACACUUCACACACAGCGAGCUGAAUGAGCUCUACCGCUUUCAGCCAGACCUACAACCCAGCAAACACACACAAGCACCUUUGGAUGAGGUGUUGGUACUGCUUCUGCAGAGUUGUGGGCAUCUCAUAGUGAGUUAUCAUCAGCAUGACUCAUUGUUGGACCACCGGGAGGAAGAGGAGCUCAGUGAGGAAGAGCGCAGGGUAGCCUGGGAUGAAUACCGUGCAGAGAAGAGGGCAUCUGUAGAGAUCUCCAAUGUACCUCCUCUAAUGCAGCUCAGCAAGAAGGCCAACCAGGAGUUAAAGCAAAUGCAUUAUCAUCAGAACAUGCUGGCUGUUCAAAACUUUACCAGUACAACAACACUUCCAGUCAAACAAGGCAGUACUCCACCCUUCGCUGCUCGGCGUCCUCGUGACCUUGCCACCUUCCGACCGGUGGAACCUGGAGCAGUUUACCCUGGGUUAAAAACAAAUGCGAGACCUGAUUCCUCACUAUCACAAAACUGAAAAAGACAGUGUAGGGAUUAGUUUGUGUUGGCCUUAAGAAAAAAAGCUAAUUUGUGUUUGAACAAAUGAGUGUAGUGUCAAAGCACUGAAAGAUCUCUGAAGAUCGUCAGUCCUGCCUUACGGACACAAAUUUUCAGCUAUUUAAAUGAGGAUGUGUUAGAAUUCUUCUGACUGUCUAUACCUCAGAACUAAUAAUAAUGUGUUUAACUCUAAAAGACAAGCCUUUUUUAUAGAAACAUUAAGGUUCACUGACCUGUGUACAGAAACACUGUUGUCUUUACUAAAAUGCAUUGUCGAUUUUUGAAAGCA